AUGUCGCAGGAAGUAGAUCAAAGUACCUUACCAAGGGAAUCUGCCGUGAUGAUUUCAUACUUGCAAGAACUGGAGAAACACUUUUUCGAAUUGGUCGCCCAUGGGAAUGUUCCGGACGUGAGGGAGUUUCUUGAAAAUAAUCCGCAAUUCAAUAUCAACGCUGUUGACUUUCAGGGCGUCACUGCGCUUCACAUCGCGGUUAGUGACAGGAACACGCCAAUGGUGGAGUAUCUCCUGACUCAUCCGGACAUCGAUCCGAGUGACACGCAUCUACACGCCAUCAGGGACAACGAGAUAAAAAUCGCCAUGAUUAUUUUGAACAAACUGAACGAUCUGUCACCCGGAUUGGAGUACGCCGGUAUAACGCGAAGCUCCGAUUUCCCGGACGAAGCCACGCCACUGGCGAUCGCUGCUCAAUACGGACACUUCGAGAUGAUCAGUAUGCUUCGAAACAGGCUUCACUUCCUUCCGAAACCUCAUCCACCUAGCUGCAAUUGCAAAGAGUGCAAGUAGGGAAAAAGAAGAAAAAGAAUUAAUCAAUGUUAAGAGUAAACGGACCCUUUUACGCAGAGCCCUAUAGCAACU